UUGCAGGUGCCAUCUUGAAGAGGUUAUGGAUAUGGACAUUUUAGAGGAGGAGGAAGAGGAGAUUAGUAGAAUUGUCUGCAUUUGUGCUUCUAUGAUAGAAAUGUAUCAUGAAAAGUAUAUUCAUAAGGUCCCUUGUAUGAAUUCUUUAUACACUGGUAACAUUUGGGUGAUGGAAUUACAAUCAGGGAAUGACACUCGUUGUCAUAACAUGUUCCGGAUGAACAAAGAUGUAUUCUUUAAAUUGUGUGAUGAUUUGAAGAAUACUUAUAAGGUGAAAGCGUCCCGGAGAAUUAGUGUGGCUGAGAAGGUGGCAAUGUUUUUGUACACUUUAGGAGGAGGUGAAGCAAACAAAAGUGUUCAAGAGCGAUUUCAACACUCUGGUGAGAUAGUUAGCAGAUACUUCAAUAAAAUGCUCAAUGUGAUAUGUGAUGUCAUGGCAAAAGAUUUCAUCAAGCCAUCAGAUCCCGAGUUCAAAAGCACUCCACCUGAAAUACUUGGUGAUUCUACAUAUAUGCCUCACUUUAAGGAUUGUAUUGGAGCUAUAGAUGGCGUGCAUUUUCAUGCAACUAUAUCACCAUCAGAUCAAGUACCAUACAUUGGCAGAAAAGGAAUACCGACUCAGAAUAUAAUGGCAGUAUGCAACUUUGACAUGCAAUUUACAUUUGCAUGUGCAGGUUGGGAAGGCACUGCCCACGAUGCAAGAAUAUUCCAAUCAGUAAUUCACAAUCCAGCUUUGAACUUUCCUAAGCCUCCAAGUGAAAAAUACUAUUUGGUGGAUGCAGGAUACCCACAAAUGAAAGGGUAUUUGGGACCAUACAAGUGUCAAAGGUAUCAUCUUCCUGAAUUUCGCAGAGGUGCUCAACCAACAAGUUAUAAAGAAGUAUUUAAUCAUGCACACUCUUCCCUCAGGGGCGUUAUUGAACGCACUUUUGGUGUGUGGAAAAAAAAAUGGAAUAUUUUACGGGACAUGCCAAGUUACUCAUUUGAUAAGCAAGUUAAAAUUGUUAUAGCAACAAUGACACUUCACAACUAUAUAAGAAUGUAUGCCUUACGUGAUUUAGUUUUUGACGAAAGUGAAACCUUUGAUGACAUUGAAGAGCAUGGGAGAGAGGAUGAUGCACGUGGUCACGGUCAUGUUUCUAGAGAGAUGGAGGCAUUGAGAAACAGGAUUGCUUCAAGUUUGAUGGGUGCACAGGUUUAG